AUGGCGCAGCAGGAGAAUACAGGUACGUCGUGCGAAUUUUGGUGGUCGCAUCGGCGGCUUUUGGAGGAGGCUGCGGCUGUGACGGGGCCACCCACGGCGGCUGUCGACAUUGUCGCCUCUAUCGACAGCGUGAAGGCGAAGGCCCAGGAGAUGAUGGAGGCAACUGUGACAUACAACGGCGACACGGCGAAGGGGGCGGGCGACGCCGGGGUGGAUCCGGUACAAAUGGGUGUGUGGCAGGCGGAACUGAUUGUCCUGCGGAAUCAGCUGCUAGAGGCGUUACUUGCAGCGCAGCAGGAGCGGCGUGCGAGGUGCAACGGCGAUGCGCUGCGUGGCAGUGUCGGGGUUGAGCCAGAAACGCCUCCACUCCGUCAAACUGUCCAUGAGAUGCUCCUCCACACCGUCGUUGGAGAGUGGGCGACGCGGUGGGCCUCCCACACGGAUGCGGAUGGCGGUUUGGCCUCCGAGUCGCUGCUAGACACCUUUCUUGAUGGUAUCGUUUUUACGCAUGCGUCCAAUUGGGACGAGACAGGGGUGGAGGAAACAGCGGCAGGCGGCGCUAUGCGGGAGGUGGUGUGGACAUUUCUGACAGAUGUUUGGGGCAUGACGCCUGUUGAACAGGAGAAGUGGCUGCCGCGCCUCGUGCAGCAUGCGUGGGAGGCCUUUCUCAUCGAGAUGCAGAGGCUGGAGGAGGAAGUGCAGCGGGUGUGUGCGGCAGCGGAAUCCUCCACGGCGCAAGAACGACGCGACGAGGCCUGUACACUUGUCUGCCGCGCGGUUCGGGUGCUGAGGUUGCUGGCAGUGCCUCUUACUCCCGCGGAGGUUGCGGGGAUGCGGGGCCUCCCACGCCCGCACGUUGUGGUGGCAACCUCAGCCAAGGCUAGAAGCGUAGUGCAGAUGAUCGCUAGAUGGCUGCCUGUGUGCAUUGGCUUUCUCUACUCACUCGCACCGCUGCCGCGGCAGCAGCAGGAAGAGGAUAAUAAUAAACAGGAGGAGAACACGGCAGAGAGGCAUGUGGAUAAUGGCAAAAAAGACGCCGGAGAUACCACCACAAGCCCGGAGGCGCUUGAGUGGAUACGGAGACUCAAGCAGCAGGUGGAACGUGUAUUUGCGCUCUUGGCGCAGUUGGAUGAGACAUCUCCGUGGAUGAUGAUGCUUGUAGACACAAUGGCACAUGCCUUUUACGCGACGCGUGAAGACGUGUCGCGUCUUACCGGCGACCAGGCAAAGCGUGGCGUCGGCGAGGAUGUUGAGACGCGGCAGCACAUGGCGCUUAAAUCUUUUUUGGCCUCCUACGAAAGACGCGUGGAGGUGUCGUCGGCCACAGCAGCCAGCGGUCAAUGGACACUUGUGGAGGCGUGUAACAUGAAGAUGAGUCAUGUCUUGUCAUGUGCGCUGGACGAAACGGGCCGCCCUAGCAGCCUCAGCACCCGGGUGCUGCGUGUUUUGUUGGUGCAGCGCCCAAUUGCAACACUACGGCAUUUGUUAACGUUUUUGUGUCCCAGCAAUCAUGUGGCGGCGCUGUGUGAUUGUGAAGCGGUGAUUACCGAUAAGGGGUGCUCCAGUGAGGCGCGCGCCAUGGCGUUUGUGGAGGAAGCAUUGAAGGAGAAUGCCGUGGCAAGGACGUUUUUCCCAAAGUACUUCUCUGUGUUUUGUGCCGUCGAGCAGGCGUUAGUGAGCCUUUGCGCGGAUCUGGCAAGCCACGAAGCGGCAGCGGUGACAUCCGCCGACGCUGUUGCACUUGUGCUGGAGCGCUUUAUUGCAGCCGCGAUGGAUGAGGCCUUCACAGCUUUUUCCGAGCUCAAGGGUGCGGCGGCGAGUGAGUGGCUUAUGUUUUUGGCGUUUAUCUGCCACGAGACGCCUCUCUUUGAGAUUCAUAUGCUGCAUCAUGUGCGCCGCGCCGCGCGUCGCUUCUUUGCACCAGGCAGGCGCAUGAUAACGUACCUGCACGAGCAUAUCGUGCGGCGGGAACGGCACGGCCUUACCGCCUUUUUUCUCCCUCCCCUGCGGGCCAUUGGGGUUGACUACAGCACCUGCAGCGAUCAAGAACACUUGAGCUGCGCCUUGCGCUACCCGCUCUCGGCGGAGGUGGCGUACUUUCAGGAGCUGCCGCGUGGCUACUACUGUCGCCAGCCGCUGCGUCUUGCGCUGAACGCCAAGAACGACGCGUUGCAUUUUUUUCACGAACUUCUCAUGUCACAAACGGCAGAGACGUCGUCGCGGCGGUUGUCCGCAAUGGGGGGGACACAAAAGGGGGAGGACCACGCGAUGGUGCGGGACCUUUUUGUUGACAUGAUUGUCCACAUCGGGGCGCUGGUGGCGGCUCGUGUGCGGGGUGACGUCGAUCGACGCAUCGUGACAGAUUCGGUGGCGGCAGAUGCGAUGUCGUCUUUGUUUUUUGGUGUACUGCGGCUCUGCAGCAGCGUCACGUACUGGGACCCUGCCAGGCGGCAUGCCAUUCAGCGGGCCAUUGCACAGCAGCUUUGCACACAGCGUCCAGUCCCUCCACCAAACCACGCGGGUAGACCUGGAAUGGCGCCGCAAGGCAGCAGGGGCAACGGCACAGAGGAGGGGUGGGCGCCACCACUGCCCAUGGCAUUCCUGCUUCGUGGGGGAUGCAUGCUUGGAGACGUAACAGCGCAGCCUGCUGUUGCUGCUGGUGGUGUUCCUGCUGCAGCAGAGACAGAGGAGGAAGCGACGACGACGACGCCGCAUGCCUGGCAUGACUGGUUUUGCAACGCGGAGUUUGAAGAUGUUGACGCACGUGCCGGAGUCGCGGCGAUGGCGCUCCUGCGGGUCUGCAACCGCAACUACAUGAAAUUUAUUCCGACGAGAACGCUGCUGGAGCGCCGGGCCACACUGGAGCAGCACGCCGCAAAGCAGAAGGAGUCCGGUUCACAGGCCAAAGCUGAAUCCGCGAUGGAGGCGGCGAUUCUGCGGGAUGUGGACCUGUUGCGUAGAAAGCGGGACGGGGCGGAGGUGUCGUCGCAGACAAAACUGCCAGAGCAGCACGCUCUGGUGACGACGGUCGUUGUGGAAGCUGACGGCAAGGCAGAGUCUGGGAUUGCGGGGAACGGCACGGCGACGGAGGCGCAGGUCAAGAGGCCCGAUGUCAAGAAGUGUGAGGAAGAAAUACAAACUUCACGAAAUGCAGCGCAACGACAAUGUGAUACGCGGCCGCUCCCGCUUGCGGCAGUGAAGUCGUACGUGGAGCCACUAGUUGUGGCACUCAUACAGCGUGCCCGUAUUUCCGUCGUGGAUGGGGUGGCGUCUGGUGUGGCUCUGAGAAAGUGGCUCAUGACGGUAUCGGGGCUGUUUGAGCCGCAGGCUCUCUUGGAGGUUGUGCGUCGUGUGGUCCUGCAGGCAAACACCAAGCUGACGCAUGCCACCAAGCUGGAGUGUGCCUCUCUGUCUGCCUUUUUGGGGGUGGUCGCAAACGACAUUGUGCUGCCGUACAAGCAGAGCUUCUUUCAUCAUCAUCACACGCAUGCAAAGCAGCAGCAGCGACAGGUGGAGCCCGCGCCUGCCGAGGCGGAGGACAACGAGCGUGGGAACGGGUGGCUCCCUCGCUCUCUUCCGGCCUCGGAGAAGGAUGCAGGAAUGUUACUACGUAUUCUCAUUGCCGACACCACGCGUGCGGUGACACGGUUUUUGGAGCAGGCCACGCCACUUGGUGACUGGAAGGCGUACACACUCACGCUUCACAUGCGACGCAUCAUGGGCCUUGUAAGUCGGUAUGAGGCGGCCUUCCGUGCUGCACUGACGAAGCGACUGCAGGAGGUGGGGAAAACAGCUGGCACCGCGGAAGGCAUUCACCCCGUCCAGCUGCUCGCCGCGGUGGAAUGUCCGCUGCUGGAGAAAAUGAUACGACCUGCUGCCGAGGUGGAUCACUUGUUUACCGGUGCAUUGCCACCACCAUCAUCACUACAGCAACAGCAGCCGGUGUCUUUUUUAUCUACGUCGGGGUCGCAGAGGAACCCAACAAUUGUAAUGGGAGGAGGAGGAGCAAGCGGGGGCGGUGGUGGUGGUAAUAGUAAUAGUAGCGGAAUCGCCAGCAGGAACGGAUGGUCGGCGCCCGGGGAUGCACACAGGAGAAAGCGGCAUCGCUCCCGUGACAACUCCUAUUCUCAUCGCCACAGACGCAGCAAGAAUGCUUCUCGCGACCAGGCAGAAUGA